AUGAAGGACAAGGACAGCUUCCUUGACGGAGCCGCCCCGAUUCCCUCCGACAAGCAUCCGGCGCGACACUGGAAGAAAUGCAAUCAACUUGUCCGAACAUGGAUCGGUAAUAUAAUUUCUCCGGAAGUCGUGGCUGAACUUCCUCCAAUUGAGAACUUGAAAUGCAUGUGGGAGAAUAUCAAAGGAAUGUAUGGUAAGUUAGACCGAGCGAAGAUUUUUGCUCAUACGCAGGCAUGCAAUGAACUCAAGCAAGGGAAUAUGACGGUCACGGCUUGCUUCAACAAGCUCUCGUCGCUUUGGAAUGAUAUGGAAGUAGCCGAGGAGAAACUCGAGGGACUGGAGUCAACAUUCAAACAGUAUAGACCUGUGAAGGAAAGAAAGAAAGCUGCUCGUUUUCUUUUGAUUUUGAAUGAGACGCACCUGACAUUUCGCUCCCAGAUCCUGGCGAUGGAACUGAUGCCGGUGCUCGGCCGAAUUUACCAGCUCGCCGUCCAGGAGGAAAGCCAACGUUUAGCUUCGUGGGAACAUGUGAAGGUCAGGGAGUCCAUGCUCCUCGUAGCUCAGGUGAAGACCCAGCAGAGAAGGAACGCCAGAAAAUCAGGGGAAGAACGGAGGCAGAUUUCGACGUGCACUCUAGGGUUUGCUGAAGACCUCCGCCCAUAA